GCGAGCAACCUGAUCCAUUUCAGAUGGAACUGCUCGAUGAUCAAUCCAGUAACAAAAGAAGUUUUUGGCGAUGUGAUUCUCCGCGAUGGAACUCGUGAGGCCGCUUUCGUUCAUGCCAUUUCCGCUGCAGGUGUCGCUUACCGAGUCACUAAAGAUUGCUCGAAAGGCUUGAUCGACAAAUGUGGUUGUGAUCAAAACCAUUUCAGUUGGAGUGGCUGCUCGGAUAAUGUCCGCUAUGGAAUUGCCGUAUCGAAAGAGUUCGUGGAUGCCGGUGAGAGGGGUCGCAAUCAGAGCAGUCAACGCAAAAUUAUGAAUCUCCAUAAUAAUAACGCCGGCCGACAGGUUCUUGAAGCAAAUAUGCGAAAAGAAUGUAAAUGUCAUGGACUGAGCGGUUCGUGUGAUAUGAAAACUUGUUGGGAGUCUAUGCCCUCGUUCAGGGAGGUUGGUAGUAUCAUAAAGGAUAAAUUCGAUGGCGCCACAGAGGUGGCCAUUGUCGAGGAGGACAGUAAACCAACAAUGGUGCGGAAAAACGUUCAGUUCAAGCGACACACUAAAGCUGAUUUAGUCUACUUGCACACAUCUCCGGACUACUGCGAGCCUGAUUUGAAACGAGGUGUUCUAGGAACUCAUGGUCGUCUUUGCAAUGUUUCUUCACACGGCAUUGAUGGAUGCGAACUGUUAUGUUGUUCGCGAGGUUACGAGACACAUAAACGUCGUGUAAAAGAUCGAUGUAAUUGUAAAUUUCAUUACUGCUGUCGAGUGGAUUGUGAUAUUUGUGAGAAAAUUAUUGUGGAUUAUAUUUGUAAUUGA